AACAUUUGUUAAGUUAUCAAUUAUUACAUUCAUAAAAAGAACUAUGAAGCAAAAUUUUAUUUUUGUCAUCACUUUAUUGACUAUAUUUUCAAUAGUCAACGCUUUUCCACGUCAAUUUUAUAAAAGAGAUACUAUUUUUAAUCCAUGCACUACUGGAUCUCCAGACACAAUCACUGUAACAAUUACACCUGAUCCUCUCGUCGCUGGACCUAAUGUUUUUAAUGUUACUGGAACGCUAACGAAUGGAACCAUCGACACAGGUUCUGAAUUACUCAUUCAACUUCAAGAUGACGCUGGUGAGGUCAUUGGUGAACCUUUUCCUUUUGACAUUUGUGCUAAUGUCACGUGUCCAGCCACAGCCACAACCUUUAGUUUACAGGAAGAAAUUCAAAUAGAUACAUUACCUGAAGAAUAUAAUAUUCAGGUCCAGAUUAAUGAUGCAGAUGGCAAUACUUUAGCCUGUGCCACAAGCACCGUUCCUAGUGCUUAAAACUUUUUAAUUGUUUUACAUAUUUUUUUUUAAUCAUUGAAAAAAUUAUACUAUUUAAUUAAUAUUUUUUUUUUAAAAAAAUCAUUACUAUAUUUAUUGAUAGAGUUUAUUUUACUGUUAACAAAAUUUAUUUGAGCUAUAGUAUUUAAUGAUGUAA